UCCUAACAUAUUCGCAGUAACAUGGAUAACACAGAACCAAUAGAUAAUUCAGAUAGCUUAGCUGGUAAAACUGCACCUAAAAAUGCGAGUACUAAUUCCUUGGAUACUGCAGAUUCAAAGUCCAGUUCAAUUGGUUCAAAGCAGGGCGUUGACUUAAGUGCACAACGUGACACACCCUUUGUUUAUUUGGACGGCGAGGAUGAUCAGGAUCAAAAGAACGAUGUCACUUACGUAUGUCCAUUUCGUGGACCGGCUUUCGGCGCAUUAACAAUAACCAACUAUCGCCUUUAUUUCCGUUCAUUACCAUUACGCGAUCACGAUCCACCCGUAGUAGUCGAUGUACCAUUGGGUGUGAUAGCGCGAGUUGAAAAAAUCGGAGGUGCAACUUCUCGUGGCGAAAACUCAUACGGUAUCGAGAUAUUCUGCAAGGAUAUGCGCAAUUUGCGCUUCGCUCAUAAACAGCAAAAUCACUCUCGCCGCACUGUUUUUGAGAAGUUGCAAUCUUAUGCCUUUCCACUGUCAUUUAGUGGACGUCUUUUUGCAUUCGCUCAUGCUGGAGCGUCCGGACCACCACCACCUGCAGCUGAAAAUGGUUGGGCUGUGUACGAACCAUUGGCCGAAUUGAGACGCAUGGGAGUUCCAAAUGAUAUGUGGCGCAUAACUAAGUUAAAUGAAGCUUAUAGUGUUUGCGAUAGCUAUCCGGUUGUUUGGGCCGUUCCUAAAGCGGCAUCUGAUGAAUUUUUGCGCCGUGUGGCGCAGUUUCGCUCGCGAUGUCGUUUACCUGUACUUUCCUGGAUUCAUCCACGCUCUCAAGCGACUAUAACAAGAUGUUCACAGCCUCUGGUAGGGGUGGGGGGCAAGCGCAGCGCUGAUGACGAACUCUACCUUAGUUACAUAAUGGAGGCAAAUGUGCAAUCAGAUAAAUUGGCGAUCAUCGAUGCGCGUCCCAGCGUCAACGCUAUAGCCAAUAAGGCCAAAGGAGGUGGAUAUGAGUCUGAGGAAGCAUAUAAGAAUGUCGAAAUCCACUUUGUUGACAUACACAAUAUACAUGUAAUGCGUGAAAGUUUGCGAAAAGUGAAGGAAGCCUGCUAUCCAACGAUAGAUGAUUCAAAAUGGCUUUCCGCAAUUGACGGCACACUGUGGUUGAAGCAUAUCAAGUGCAUAUUGGCAGGUGCUGUACGCAUAGUUGAUAAAGUAGAAACUAUGAGCACUUCUGUAGUCGUGCAUUGUUCUGAUGGAUGGGAUAGAACAGCGCAAUUGACGGCAUUAUCCAUGCUAUUUUUGGAUCCAUAUUAUCGAACACUGCGCGGCUUUGAGGUUCUUAUUGAGAAAGAGUGGCUUUCAUUCGGGCAUAAAUUUCAACAACGAAUCGGCCAUGGUGAUAAUCGCCAUUCAGAUGCGGACCGCUCUCCUGUUUUCUUGCAAUUCAUCGAUUGUGUAUGGCAGGUUAGCCAACAAUUUCCCAACGCUUUCGAAUUUAACGAACACUUUUUGAUAACCAUCAUUGAUCAUUUGUAUUCAUGUCGUUUUGGCACUUUUUUAUGUAACACUGAGGCUGAGCGCGUUGCAGAAGAUCUUAAACAUAAAACUGUUUCGCUUUGGACAUAUAUUAAUAGUUCGUUGAAUCAGUAUCUCAACCCGCUGGCCUCCUCGCAUGGGGCCCAAACCGUUUUGCGACCUAUCGCCAGUAUGCGUUAUGUGAAGUUAUGGAAGGGCCUAUAUUGCCGGUGGAAUCCUAGCAUACGCCCACAGAAUCGUAUAUACCAUCGUACACGUGAACUGCUCGCCCUACAGGAUCAGCUUAUAAAGCAGGUCAGCGAUUUACGUAUGAAGACAAAUUCACGUCAAACGGCGCAAACAUCUACGCGGCUGGCAUCACCAAUGCAUUAAAACCGUAUAUAUUUAGCACUAUUUUAAAAGUAUUAUAAUAUAAAAAACUUUUAAAUACAUUCACAGUGGUUCUUAUAA